CUGGAUAUUCGUGCGUAAUUUGCGUUCGCCAUGCGAUGCGUAUUGCCUCCUUAAAGGCAGAAAGCGCGCGCGUACAGCGGGAUGGUGCGCGCGCGGAAAACCGUGCAAGUGGGACAUGCAUACACUUUAACCCCGCAGACCAACAAGCUGCUGUAGUCCGUAGCAGAUCCACGGGCAAACGACGUCUCGCCUUUUCUGCAAUAGCAUCACUGGAGCUGUAGGAGGUGGGCUUCGAGGAUACGAACAAACGCACAAAUCCCUCGUUGCCAAGAGGCAGGUGCAUCUUUACAGAUUUUCACCUCGUCUUUCUGUUCCUCUUGUCACCUGAUUUUCGACCGCAGUCUGUGAUAUGCAGCCUCUACUUGACAGAUGUGUGGUACCAGCGCCACAUCUGCAGCCUACAGAGUGUGUCUCCUCUCUACCUGCUGCUGAUCUGCUGUGGUCUGCUCUGGAGCACUGAGGCUGCAAAACUCAUCGUCGUCAUCAUCUUCAUCUUCAACAUCUGUCUGCCACUUCAAACACGACGAGACGAGAGGACUCUGGCGGAUUUUGGGGCGAUCAAAGAGCAGCAGCGGUGACAAAGCACCUGUAGAAGAUGACUCCAGAAGCGCUGCUUGGCGUGAGAGCAGCACGAGAUAAUCGAAGAGUAUCUUAUUAAUCGCCGAUUCCAGCUUCUUCUCUUUCUGGUCUGGCCUCUGAUGAAACUGUUUCCAGUUGGCCGGUGGACUGGCAGCGUGGCAGCGCUGUUGUAGCCCUGCACAUAGCCAGCGGCUGAAGCGCAGACACCUGAAAGGAGAUGGCUCGUCCAGGAUCGGGGAUGCUGUUGCCCGUCAACGGGCUGGGUUACCCCCCCCAGAACCUGGCCAGGGUGGUGGUCUGGGAGUGGAUGAAUGAACACGGGCGCUGGAGGCCCUACAGUGCAGCGGUUUGCCACCAUAUCGAGAACGUGCUGAAGGGGGACGCCCGGGGGACUGUCGUGCUCGGGCAGGUGGAUGACCAGCUGUCUCCGUACGUCAUCGACCUGCAGUCCAUGCACCAGUUUCGACAGGACACAGGGACCAUGAGACCAGUGCAGAGGAACUUUUACGAGCCGUCGUCCGCUCCGGGGAAAGGCGUGGUGUGGGAGUGGGAGAACGACAGCGGCUCGUGGACGCCGUACGACAUGGAGAUCUGCGUGACCAUCCAGAACGCCUACGAGAAGCAGCACCCCUGGCUUGACCUGACGUCUCUGGGCUUCUGCUACCUCAUCGACUUCAACAGCAUGUGUCAAACCAACAGACAGAGCCAGCGCAAGCGCCGCCUGCGGAGGCGCAUGGACCUGGCCUUCCCGCUCAUCAUGGGCUCCAUCCCCAAGUCGCAGUCCUGGCCCGUGGGGGCCAGCUCCGGCCAGCCCUGCUCCUGCCAGCAGUGCAUCCUGGUGAACAGUACGAGAGCCGCCUCAAACGCCAUUCUGGCCUCCCAGCGGCGGAAGCUCUACGGGGGGACGGCGGGAAACCCGGGCGGCGCGGGGACGCUCGCCGCGGUACGACAGAGCAACACCUUUGCCGGAACGUCCCUCUGGGCGCCGGCGUCCGCCUCCUGCGGCCCCAACAACAUCAACAUGAGUGCGGGCGGUGGGCAAGGCAAAGCGGAACAGGUGCAGUUGCCGCUGUCCUCUGCCAACUUCCCCUGUUCCCCCAUAAUGGCAUCUCUUUCAGCCGCCCACGGCCACCACGCGCUCACCAUCAACGGACAGAACAACCUGAACCGGCCGGGCACCCAGCGCUUUUCCGUGGGCCCCGCCAGAGGAGCCGUCCCUCCGGGGGUUCCUGCCCUCCCAGUGAAGAACCUUACUGGAACUGGACCCGUGCACCCAGCGCUAGCAGGUAUGACAGGUAUCCUGAUGUGCGCUGCAGGUCUGCCGGUUUGCCUUACUCGGGCCCCCAAGCCCAUUCUGCACCCACCACCCAUCAACAAGAGCGACAUGAAGCCCGUGCAAGGGAUCAAUGGCAUGCGCCGCAAAACCAAGAAAAAGCACCUGAGGAGAGGCAAAAACCCGGAGGAUGUGGUUCGAAGAUACACAGAGAAGAUUAAAGUGGUACCAGACGAGGACUGUACCAUCUGCAUGGAGAGGCUGGUCAUGUCAUCAGGCUAUGAAGGCAUCCUGCAGCACAAAGGCAUCAAGCCAGAACUUGUGGGCAAACUUGGCAAGUGUGGGCACAUGUACCAUCUGCUGUGCCUGGUGGCCAUGUACAACAAUGGCAAUAAGGACGGCAGUCUCCAGUGUCCAACAUGUAAAACCAUCUACGGGGAGAAAACGGGCACGCAGCCUCCCGGGAAGAUGGAGUACCAUGUCAUCCCGCACUGCCUGCCCGGCUACCCCGACUCAAAGACCAUCCGCAUCGUCUACGACAUUCCUGCUGGGAUCCAGACCAACGAGCACCCGAACCCCGGGAAGAAGUUCAGCGCAAGAGGGUUCCCUCGUCACUGCUACCUCCCUGACAACGAGAAGGGCAGAAAGGUGCUGAAGCUGCUGAUCAUGGCCUGGGACAGACGCCUCAUCUUCACCAUCGGCACGUCCAGCACCACGAGCGAGUCGGACACUGUGGUGUGGAACGAGAUCCACCACAAGACAGAAUUCGGAUCCAAUCUGACCGGCCACGGCUACCCCGACUCCAACUACUUGGACAACGUCCUAACGGAGCUCUCCGCCCAGGGGGUCGGUCAGGACAACGUGUAGGGGGAACCCGACCCAUCGUGGACAGAACAGGACGCCUGCAUGACGGGCCUACAAGUAGCCGACAACUCUUUACUCCCCCCACAGACGGAAACAGCCUGCGGAGGUGGUGGCACACGAGGAGCAGAAGCAAAUGAAAUGACGUGGUUAUGGUCAAUAUUUUGUUUUGUAUAACAUAAGGCACCCCCCCCCCCCCCC